UCAUUUCAUUUUUGACAAUUAGUGCUACUUAAAAUCCUGAUCGAAGAAUUGGUUAAAUAAAAACACGAUGUCGUCUCAAAUGACUGCUUUAGAAUUAUUAAAACUUGGUGAUCAAGGAAGAGAAGCACCCGUUUUAAAUAAAUAUUGGCCUUAUAUUCUAGGAGCCGUCUUCGGAGUAGGAACAGGCAUUACGCUUAACUUGUGUACUAGACGUCCAAUAUGGAGCGGUAUUCAAAAGCAUAUUCUUGGCGUAGCUGGUUGGACUGCUACUCUAAACUACGCUCAAAACAAACGUAAUGCAUAUUAUGCCGAAAAAGAUGCAGUUCUAAGACAUUAUAUUGAAUUACACCCUGAAGAUUUCCCAGAGCCAGAAAGAAAAAAAAUUGGAGACCUUUUGGAAGACUGGAUCCCUAUACGCUAAGUGCAUAUAAUAUUUUGCAUAUUUGAACAGAUUUAGUGCAGUUUAUAAGUUAUGAUUUAAUUAAAUAAAUUAAUAUAAAAGA